CAAACCCUAAUCUCUUCAACCCGCCGAAACAAACCCACCACUCCGCUUUUCCCUCAUCUCCCCUCUUCUUCUCUGCAUCUAUUCUCUCCGGUUCCUUUUCCUACGGAUCUUCCUAUUCCUCUUCUUCUCCGUCUUCUUCGUGUUUAACUUUUCUGUAAUUUAUCCCUCAAAAACUAACUUAUAACCCUUAACUGGAUCUGUUGUAUAUUAAUAUUGGCCGUCCGAUCUGUCAUCGUUCCAGAUCUGAGACGAGGAUCGUCACGGAAGAAGAAUCAUGGUGGUGAACGGGAGGCCGACGAAAAGGCUGGUGAAGAGACGAGUCACUGCGGAUCUCAGUGAUUUCCUCACGUUCCCGAGCGCCGGUGAUCUAGAAUCUCCGGCGGCGGCCAGGCCGUUUAGGACCACGGUCAGGGCGUUCCUGACGCAGCACGCGACCCUCCCUCCCCCUUCCUCGCUCUUCCCCCACCUGCUUACCUGGCAGAUCCUCUUCCGCGUAGGCGACCUGGCAGUAGACGACGGCGGGCCUGCCAUCGUCUGCCUUGACGUCGUGGAAGAGGAUGUUGCCAGAUCCAGAUCCGUUUAUUGCGACCAGUGUCGCGUUGUUGGAUGGAGUAGCAAUCCGGUAAGCGGAAAGAGGUACCAUUUCAUAAUUAAAGCUGAUGGCAAUUCUAUUGCUGGCUACAAUAAGACGUGUGCUGGCUGUGGUGACGCUCUUCAUAUGACUGAUUCUAGAUGCAAGUCAUGCGGUCAUGUAAUGACAACGGAAGAUGUCGAAGACUGGAUGUAUCAGCAGCUGGACAAUACAACACAUCUGUUGCAUGGCGUCAUUCACGCGAACGGCUAUGGCCAUCUUCUUAGAGUAAAUGGUAGAGAAGGUGGGUCCAGGCUUCUUUCGGGACGACAUAUAAUGAAUUUCUGGGAUAGGCUUUGCAAAAUGCUUGGAGUCAGAAAGGUCAGCGUCAUGGAUGUGUCGAAGAAGAAUGGUCUGGAGUUCCGAUUGCUUCAUGCUGUAGUUAACGGCCAUCCAUGGUAUGGAGAUUGGGGCUAUCACUUUGGCGCGGGAAGUUUCUCCUUGAAUCUGGACGACUAUAAGAUGGCAAUUGAGAAUCUUUCUUCUCUGCCGUUGUCAUUGUUUCAAGCUCAAGGAAGGAAAGCUCGUACGCGCUUGCAGGACUUGAUAUCAUUUUACCAGUCCAUAUCUGAACGUGAGCUAGUAAACAUCCGAGACCUGUUCAGUUUCCUGAUGGGUAUGAUUCAUGACCGCCGUCAGUUUUCUGCAAGGGAAGAUGAAUCGCCUCGCAAGAAACUUAAGACUAGUUACUCGAGGGCUUUGUGUUCUUGGACUAUUGAUGACGUAAGGCGUGUGGAAGAAGCUAUGUUCAAAGUGUUACGUGCUGUUAGUGGAUCCACCUGGGUGAGUUGGCGUGCUCUUAAAGGUGCUGUUUGCAGAGUAGGUUCACCGGAGCUUUUAGAUUACUGCCUUAAAGAACUUAAGGGGAAACAGGCAGCUACCGGCAUGGUAGUUGCUGCUCGGUGCAUUUCUGACUCUGGUGCCAUGGAGUACCGACUUGAGCCAGGAAGUGCAUCCGUUCCAGCCAGCACAUGUUUGAACAGCUUCCCCAUGGCAAACCAGCCAUCUGAUGAACGACUUGUGGGGGAUCUCAAGUAUUUUUAUGAUUGUCUUCUCCAGCCUGAAGCAAUGGUACUUCACGUGCCUGUAGCUAAAAGAGAUGUUGCAGUUAGCUCUGUCACGAAGAUUCUUGAUUGCAAGCAGUUCGUGAAGGACUACCUCCCAGGACAUUUCCUGCCAGUUUCAAAGGAAAACGCAGUGCAGGUACUGUGUGAGGUUGAUCUGAUGGAACAACCUGAAGAAUAUAAAAACCAUAAUCCUCCGCCAGAGUUACUUGUAUUAUCACCAGAUGCCACGAUUGCUGACUUGAAGGUCGAAGCAAUGAGGGCAUUCCAAGAUGUGUAUCUGAUGAUGAGAAGGUUCCAAGCGGAGGAGGUGGUUGGUUAUGGGGGUGUUGAUGAAUCGACUCAGAUCAGACUAUUGCUAGGGUCGAGGGAGUCUGUGCGGAUCCGGGGGAAGUUCCACGGGAAAAAUGGUCUGAGUAGGUAUAGAAUGGAAAGGGGUCUAGAGAGAUGGAUAGUGGACUGCUUAUGUGGUGCAAAGGACGAUGAUGGGGAGAGAAUGCUGGCAUGUGACGUGUGUGGGAUAUGGCAGCACACUAGAUGUUCGGGGAUCCCUGACUCGGAUGGUGCUCCGGUGAAGUUCUGUUGCCACAGAUGUAGAGGCAGGGGCAUGAACAAGGGAAAUGGGCAAUGCAGGGAACAAGUGGUGGAUAAUGUUUUUGUUGAUGUCGCCGCUGGUAUGAGCACUGGGGUUAUAUAAUCUGUAAAUAAAAAUGUUUUUGAUUUCCCCAAGCAAGCAAGGUCUGGUGAGAUGUGUAUAUAUAUAUGAAGAGGGCCUUUGUAAUGAAAUUCCAUGAGCUCUAUGGCAUUUUCCAGUUUCAGAAAUGGAGUUGUGUAUAUUGUUGCGUCC